AUGCCCGUCGCCCAUCAGCGGGCUGAACCUUCUCAAUUCCCCGGGACCAGAGCCCUGUGCCUCGGCUCCUCCAAGGUCCUGCUGGCAUACAAAAACGCGACCCAGCACCUCAAAAUGGCCACGUCUCAGUGGAAGCACCAGGAAAAGAAGGGGAGGGUGGUGCGGUCCCCAAGCACAGCUAGCUGGCUUCCACCUCCAUCCGACGGCCACUCCUGCAAGAGGUCCCCACUGGACCAGCUCUCUGCUCUGGUUCUCCAGGGUCAAAUCCGGCUCCGUCAGCUCGGCGAGGACGACCCGAGGUUCGGCCAGGACUCUCGGCAGGACCCGCUGAGCUCCACCAAGCCGCAGAACUGCAGGCGCAUCGUGGUUCUGGGUGCGCCCCGGGUGGGCAAGACUUCAAUCCUGCGGCGGUACCUCUGGGACGGCUUCGCGGAGGAGUACCAACCGACCUCUGAGGAUUUCCUCCGGAAAAUGUUCCACAUCCGCGGGGAGACGUAUCAGAUCGACGUGCUGGACGCCUCAGGAGAGAGGAGCUUCCCGGCGAAACGCAGGCUCUCCAUACUAACGGGUGAGUAACGGGAAUUUAGGCUAUAACGGGAGUCCUUAUCAUGGUCUAUAUGUUGGAGCGUGCUGGAGGUGCCUCAAUUGUUUUUUUUUAUUGCGGUGUUAAAGAUGUAAAUGUAUGCAUUUGAAUCAGCCUCUCUCUUCGCUUAGAUGUGGUGUGCGUAAAAGUGGACAUGCUUGCUUUAUAAAUGAUGAGAGAGAUUAUAAAUAUGUGUAUAUGGACGUAUAAGUUAUGGAUAGAAUAGCAUAUAGAAUAUAAUCAAAAAUAACAUAAUACAAUAUUUAUCCCAGAAGGAACUUCAGUUCAAAUUGCUAAUGAGAAUAUGAAAAUGUAGGCUAUAAUAAAAAUGCAGGCUAUAAGAGGCUAUAAUAUUUCUGUCUCCUGUGUUCUGUAGGUGACAUAUUCCUUCUGGUCUUCACCCUGGACGACCGGAGCUCUUUCGAGGAGGUGUGUGCCCUGCGCGCUGAGAUCCUCACGGCCAAGACCAAGCUCCUGAAGCCCACCGGGCCGGGCCAGAGCGCACGGGUCCCCACGGUGGUCUGCGCUAACAAGGUGGACCUGUCCCCAGCGGAGAGAAAACUUUCCCGGGCAGAGGUGCUCCGAGCACUCGGUGAGGACUGCGCCUACUUCGAGACCUCUGCCAAAGACCGCACUAAUCUAGAGGAGGUAUUCGAGGCUCUGGCUAAACGGGGCGGGUUGCCAACUGAAACUGGUCCGUCGCAGCACCGUAAAGUCUCGAUUCGGUCGUACCAGGCGCUGAAGGAGGGCAGAGUGGCCGGGAGAGGGAGCCCGGCGCCCAGUGGUGAGGCUCCGUGUGGGGCGCUGUAUCCGCUGGCUCGACGGCCGAGUUUCAGCACUGAUCUCCGGCAAGUCCUCGGCCCCAACUCCGCACGGAAGCCGGGCAAGCCGCUGGAGAAGUGUCAGAUUCAGUGA